GGGCCGCGCUCGGGCCCGCCCCUCCAACGAGGUGACGCGGCCGGGGGCCGGGCCCGGGGCGCGGCGGCCUGGGCGGCGGAGCAACGCGGAGCGGCGCCACCAUGGGGGCCCAGCUGAGCACGUUGGGCCACGUGGUCCUCUCACCAGUCUGGUUCCUGUACAGCCUGCUCAUGAAGCUGUUCCAGCGCUCCACCCCAGCCAUCACCCUCGAGAACCCGGACGUCAAGUACCCGCUGCGGCUGAUUGACAAGGAGGUCAUCAGCCAUGACACCCGGCGGUUCCGCUUUGCUCUGCCGUCGCCCCAGCACAUCCUGGGCCUGCCCGUCGGCCAGCACAUCUACCUCUCGGCUCGAAUCGACGGGAACCUGGUCAUUCGGCCCUACACGCCUGUCUCCAGCGAUGACGACAAGGGCUUUGUGGACCUGGUCAUCAAGAUUUACUUCAAAGACACCCACCCCAAGUUUCCCGCUGGAGGGAAGAUGUCCCAGUACCUGGAAAGCAUGAAGAUUGGAGACACCAUCGAGUUCCGGGGCCCAAAUGGGCUGCUGGUCUACCAGGGCAAAGGGAAGUUUGCCAUCCGUCCGGACAAGAAAUCCAACCCCGUCAUCAAGACGGUGAAGUCCGUGGGCAUGAUCGCGGGAGGAACGGGCAUCACCCCAAUGCUGCAGGUGAUCCGUGCCAUCUUGAAGGACCCGGAUGAUCACACCGUGUGCCACCUGCUCUUUGCCAACCAGACCGAGAAGGACAUCCUGCUGCGGCCCGAGCUGGAGGAACUGAGGAACGAACAUUCUGCACGCUUCAAGCUCUGGUACACUGUGGACAAAGCCCCUGAAGCCUGGGACUACAGCCAGGGCUUUGUGAACGAGGAGAUGAUCCGGGACCACCUCCCGCCCCCGGAGGAGGAGCCGCUGGUGCUGAUGUGCGGACCCCCGCCCAUGAUCCAGUGCGCCUGCCUGCCCAACCUGGACCGCGUGGGCCACCCCAAGGAGCGCUGCUUCGCCUUCUGAUGGGCGGGCCCUGGCCGCUGGCCCCGCCCCGCGCUCGCUGCAGCCUGCCAGCCCCCACUCCUCCUGCCGAAGUUCAUUAACACCGCUCUCCACCCGCGUCUUCCGUUGCGGCCAGAUUGGGCCUGGCCUGGCCUGCCCUGCCCUGCCCGUGCCUGGGAGGUCACCCCGCUGGGCUGGCCCCCGAGUGGCCCCUGGAGAAGAAGGGCUCUGUUACGGGUGGGCCGCUGUCGGCCACCUUCAGGGCAGAUUCCAUUCCGGGCCUCACCGGAGAUGCCUGGGCCCUGCCCUUCCCCCGUCACACGCACACACAACACACACUACCAGGAGGCCGAGGCUGCUGGCACCGCGCUCCUCUCCCGCCCCAGAGCAGACCACAGUCGGAAAAUAAACAUACAUGUACGGGGAGCCCACAGCUGCGGGUGCCAGGCCCCCACCCACUGCCUGGGCCCACUUCAUGGCCACAGCCAGGCCUCAGCACCUGACACUACAUGGCAGGUAACACCAGAAAUCCUCUUGGCAGGGGCUGCUGGAGCGAGAGGCUGCCCCCACCGCAGGGCCCAGCAGGCCCAGCCAGCAAGGAGUUGGGCUCUCCCUGGGGCUGGAGCGGGAGGAGGGGGCUGGCCAAGGGCCCUUCCAGCUGACACAUGGCCCCUCCUGAAGCCCCGGCAUUUCCCCGAAACACCCAAACAUUCGGGCAGCUUUGGAAGGUCCAAGCAGUCGACCUCUGAUCGACUGCCUGGGGUCCUGGGCCGCAGCCCUGAUGGCAGAGCUAAGAUGAUGCGUUUAUUCAUCUGUCCCAGACCCCCCCCCCCCCGCCCCGCUCCCCUUGCCCCAGAUGGGGGAGAUUUUGAGCAGAGCCUCUUGUCUGAGGGACAUUCCCAGUGGCCUUGACGUUGCCUUUAGACCACAGCGUGUCAGCCUCUUGCGUAUCGGCUUUUUCAGAGUCAUUUAUGAGCAGACAAAAUGUUGAAGUAAAACUUUGCUAAUCUGAA